GGGAGGCGGGUCUUGUACCGGAAGAAGCCGUGAGGUCACAUAAGUUUCCGGAAGUAGCAGGUAGCGGUCAGAAUGGCGGGGCUGCUAAAGAAGACAACCGGGCUGGUGGGCCUGGCUGUGUCCCAGAACCCUCACGAGCGUCUGAGGAUCCUCUACACUAAGAUCCUGGCCACGCUGCAGACCAUGCCUCAGGACGCCGCCUACAGGAAGUACACAGAGCAGCUGGUCAACGAGCGCUUCCACCACGUCACCACGGAACCCAGCGUGGAGAAACUGGAGAAGAAGAUCAACUGUGGACAGAUCGAGGAGGUCAUCUUCCAGGCGGAGUGUGAGCUGUCUCUGUCCAGGAAGAUGUCAGAGUGGAAGCCGUGGGAGCCGCUGGUGGAGGAGCCUCCAGCCAACCAGUGGAAGUGGCCCAUCUGACCCCGUCACCUUGUAACUGUGUGUGUGAGUGUGUGUGUGUGUGUGUUCUUCUGAUAAAGUGAAUAAAUAAACCCUAGAAACAAACUAACGUCCCAACCUUUGUUU